GCGGCUGAGACUCGAAAAUGCAGUUGAUUUUGACAGGAUUAAUUGAUGUGGUGAUACGGGGUGAUGAUGACAUCAUAAUAUGGUGAUAUGGCGUCAUCCCAAACACAGAAGACGACAAGCAUCGGUUUGCGGCUGCAAAACUUGGAUAACCUGGUGGUGACUGGGAAAUCAUGGUUGCAGGAGUGUGUUCCGAAAUCGAACGCAGAGUAUUUGAAGACUUGAGUUGAUGAAGUACAGAAAGUGCUUGAGUGGCUGAAGUCGAGCCCAUAGCCGGCCUGGUGUGUCGAGGCGGAUGACUAGAUCAUCGGAUUCGACCUCUGAUCCCCGAUUAAGCAAUAUUUUGUCGGCAUCCUCAACUCGCCGGGACGAAUUUUGACAGAUCACCAGCCAAUUAUCAGCUUCCGAUAUAACCCUGCGCUGGUAAUUUGAGUCUACCCUACUCAUUCAACUCAGGAGAUCAAACCAUCAAAUCAGUGCUCGUGUGACGAGUAAGAUAAUCGUCAUACAGUCUUAAUUACACUCACCCCCGCUAUCAAAUCACACUCAAUAACCUACCGUAACUUAACUAAACUUCGACCUCCAGAAACCUCCCUUAUCUAUCGAUCACCACCCUCAUUCCAACUCGUCUGCAUCCUACUCCAGCGUCACCCCCGCUCAGCUGCAUCACUUGCAAACCCAUUGUGAUUCAAACAGAUCACGUUCUAAGCUUCCAUUCUGCCACUCAGCGGAUGGGCUUACUGGCACUCGGUACGCCUUUUGAUUGGCUGGAAGCCAAACAGUAUGCAGAUCACGUCAGACAGCAGGGUAUACAGCAGUUUCUGAGGCUUUGGCGUAAUCUACAAGGUCGAAGUGACGAUCUGCCUCUAUGGGGAGAUGAAAUCGAGUAUUUUUUGGUCUCACUAGAUCAUACCACCCGCCAGGCCAACCUGGCCUUGAGACAGGAAGAAGUAUUAGAAUCUCUCCAGCAACCUUCAACUGCUCCCUUGCCUCCUCAGAUCGAUGUCAGACCGACCUUUCAUCAAGAGUAUGGCCGCUAUAUGCUUGAAUCAACACCUGGCGCUCCUUACAUUUCCACUUUAGAGGACUGUCUCCGUGUCGAGUUUAACAUGCGAUACAGGCGCGAGUUGAUUAGAGCCAAGCUGGCAGAGAAUGAAAGACUGGUUACCUUGACUUCCUUUCCUCGACUUGGAGCUCCGCAGGGAUUUACCGUUCCUUACGAGGCUCCUUGUGGAUCAGUAGCUCAAAGUCUUUACUUACCUGAUGAUGUUAUCAAUCAACACAUACGUUUCCCAACCCUGACUCGCAAUAUUCGCAAGCGCCGAGGCUCGAAAGUCGCCAUCUUCGUCCCUGUCUUUCCAGAUCUUAACACACCCAAGCCAUUUAGAGACCCUACUGUACCCGCCGUGCCACCAGAAACUUCCGUUGCCCCUGGAGCUUUGCCAUCACCCUUAGCCAAUGGCGAUCGGUUUCCCAACGGCACUGAGAAGAUUGCUAUUCCAGCAAUACCAGAUAAUAGCAUAUAUCUCGACGCCAUGGGUUUUGGGAUGGGUUGUUCUUGUCUCCAAACAACAUAUCAGGCACAAUCAGUUACACAGGCAAGAUACCUUUAUGAUGCUCUGGCUACAGUGGCUCCAAUCAUGAUGGCGCUUUCAGCAGCUGCACCAAUUUUUAAAGGAUUUCUUUCGGACGUAGAUUGUCGGUGGGACGUGAUUUCAGGUGCUGUAGAUGAUCGUACAGAACCUGAAAGAAGUCCAGAGAAUUUGAAUCAAAAAUACAUUCCCAAAUCGCGCUAUGACAGCAUCAGUUUGUAUAUUGCCGAUGACGCCCGCCAUCGACCAGAGUACGAUGAUGUCCUUGCGCCCGUGGACAAGUCGAUUGAAAGUCAAUUGUUUCAAAACGGCCUCGAUCACAUCAUGGCUCGUCACAUUGCACACCUUUUCAUCCGCGACCCUUUGGUGAUCUUCUCGGAAACGUUGGAGCCUCGAAAUGAUGAUUCGAUGGAUCACUUUGAGAACUUGCAAUCAACCAAUUGGCAAUCUGUCCGGUUCAAGCCGCCACCAUCGGCAUCAUCCUCAUCAGAUAUAGGAUGGAGGGUAGAAUUUAGAACCAUGGAGGUCCAGAUCACGGACUUUGAGAACGCGGCUUACUCGAUCUUUGUCGUGUUGUUGAUCCGGGCGAUCUUGAUGUUCGACGUGAAUUUUUACAUCCCACUCUCCAAGGUUGACGAAAACAUGCGUCGAGCCCAACAGCGGGAUGCAGCUCGCUCUAGUUUAUUUUAUUUCCGUACUCAAAUCCAAACCAAACCAAAUACAACAGCAACAUCUUCGUUGCAACAGCAAGGUAUGACUCCUUCAGUGCCAGUUGAUGGGAUUAAACCUGAGUUUGAGGAAAUGACGAUGGAUGAAAUCAUCCACGGCAAACAAUCAAGUCAAUAUCCAGGCUUGAUGCACCUCGUCCUCUCCUAUGUCGACAAAACUGAUGCUGAUGAUCUAGUUAAAGAGAAUAUCAAAAAGUAUCUUGAUUUCAUCAGCGCUCGUGCAACUGGGCGUUUAAUGACAACUGCGGCCUACAUCCGCAAAUUUGUCCAAGAACAUCCGGCUUAUCAACAAGACAGUGUAGUUAGCAGUGAAAUCAAUUAUGACUUGAUUUGCAGGAUCAAUCAGAUCGAGGCAGGGAAACAUAGAGCCGAAGAGCUAGUAGGACCGGGAUAUUCUUCGACUCUACCUCACACUUGAAUGCUCUACUCAUAAAGGUCCACGGAUAGGGUUUCGAAAAUAGAGUUUUUAUGUUUUCUAUUUUAUUUUAUUUUUAGUUUCUGUUCAUUUGCAUUUCUGCUUCAGAUGUCUCAUCAUAUCGGGUUAGUUUUUUUUUCAUUAUAAACGCGGUCGUAUCGUGUAUUGAAUCCAGUUGUAUUUAAGCAUAUGCACUGCUGCUCAGAUCAUCAUUAAAUGACUAGUGAUCAAAUCACUUCUCAAACCUUGAGCGCAAAAGUUGCCCAUGAG